AUCGGGUCCUCGUCCCACCGAUUUCCGUCUCUCCGCCUGAAACCGCGCCACUUCUUCACCUUCCGUUUUCUUUCGGCAGAACCCGAGACCGUCCGAGGCCAUGAACCUGUUUCUGCUUCUCUCCGCCGUCUGCACUCUGCCGUCGAAACUUUCCGGCUCUCAAGAAUCGAAUUCUGCAGAAAACUCUAAACUGAUAGACCUUCGAGCCGUCUGCUACCGAGAUCGCAUGAGGGUCUACCUGGAAUUCGACACUCCUUUCCACGGCAUCGUCUUCUCCGAAGGGAAUUACGGCCAUCCCGAAUGCACCUACGUCGCUCCCCUCUCGGGGGUGACCCAUGCCAACUUCGACGUAUUCUAUCGCGCCUGCGGUACGCGGCGGAAUCCGGUGGCCAAAUACUACGAGAAUACCAUCGUGGUACAAUACGGAGCCGACGUCAUCCAGGAGAGGGACGAAGCCAAGCGCGUCCGAUGCCGGUGGUCCGACGACUAUCGACGACCAGCAUCCCGGCCCGCCCUGAAAAUAGCCGAAGCCGAGGCCAUCCCUAUGGAGUUUUCGGGAGACCAAGUGGACUGUUGGAUGGAGAUUCAGAAAGGGAGAGGCCCCUGGGCACCUCCGGUCUCGGGCAUCGUUCCGGUGGGAAGUCCCCUAACCUUGGUGGUGGCCGUGGCCGACCGAGAACACUUCGACUUGAGGGUCAGAUCCUGUCGGGCUCACGACGGACGCAAACCGCCCAUACUACUGACGGACGACGACGGAUGCGUUCUUCGUCCCAAGAUGUUGACCCCCUUCCUCAAGGUCCGCGAUUACGCCGGAAGAGCCUCCGUCCUGUCCUACUCCUACUUUUACGCCUUCAAAUUUCCCGACAGCGUCGACGUUCACGUGCGGUGCAACGUGCAGAUAUGUCGCCACGUCUGUCCCGAAAGUUGCUCCCGCGAUUCGGGCGCCGGCUUUCCCGGACCCUCCGUAACGCCCGACCACCGACAGAAAUCUGCAUAUUCGAAAAUCGUCACGGUCCUUAACGAAAAUCGGAUCGAACCGGAUCCUCUUCCCGACCGAUCGACGUCUUGGGACCACAGGGCGCAGGAAAUCCCAGAAACUUCCUCGCCGUCGGAGAAGGGAGAAGUUCUGCACGAGGAUUCCCCGCGUCCCGUUUACGUCCACAGAAAAAAACCGGAGGAGGCGGCGGACGAAAGUCCGCGGCCGUCCUGGGAGGUUCCAGCCCCUCGUUCUCGAGAGACUCCGUCAUCCCUGCAUCCGACUGAGGAUCCGGAACCUCCGACGGGACCUUUUCUUCUGCCGGAUCACGCCGAAGAUGCCGACGACCCAGUCUACAUCUCGGCACCCGAUCUGUCUUAUUUAUAUUCUUUGCUGAGGUCCAAGAAAGAGGGCGCUUGGGGCGACUUCCGGCGGCAUCGCUAUCCCUAUCCCGUGCCCCAAUUCGUCCACGGCCAUCCCCGGUACGGGACGACCGGAAUCCGGGAGGAAGGGGGAGCAGAGCCACCGGGAAGCCCCCAGUCUCCCAGGCGUCGUCGGAGGGCCGACCAAUUAGGAGUGGGUCGAACGUAUCGGGUAAUUUCUUCGGCCGACUUGGACUUCGAAUCGGAUCCAGAGGAAGAGGGGAAAGCGUGGCGGGAGGACCCGAUUCCCCAUCGGGUUUCCGGGGUGUGUCUGAGUGCCACUGGCUUCUCCGCCUGCUUCGGCUCGCUGGCCGCUCUAGUGGUGGGUUCGGCCACCGCUUGUCUCUUCCUGCGCCUCAGACUGGAGGCGGCCAGAAGGGCUCCGUCCCCCGGGAAACCCCGAUGA